CCCUUUGAUUGCAGGUGCGCGUCUCGAAUACAGUAUCAUUUCCGGUGAUGCGAAUGUUGACAUCUUCUACUAGGAAUGAAAUAGUAUAAUCGAAAUUUUAGAUAACUAUUGAUUUUGUGGACUUAUGUUGUGAUUGUUUUAUUUUCAUAUUGAUAAGGUGAAAGAUGGCAAUGACGUUAGCAAUGGACCGGGAACCAGAAGUUGCCCGAUUUAUAGAUACAUACAAGUUUGACCAGGACAUGGCCACUAAACGUGACAGAUUUGGAGGUGGAACUAGUUUACCUUUAAAUAGUGAUGGUUACGAGGAUAAACAAAGAGCUCUGCGUGAUGAACGCCACAAAGAUUGGCUUGUCCAACAAGACAAGCCUAAGGAGCCUGUAUAUUAUAGAGUUGGGACACCCGAACAGGGCUUCCCAGGUUUAGGAGAGUAUGAGAGACAACGGCAAGACAAAAAUAUUGCCAGACAAAAAGAGUAUAAUGAAAUGCUUAAAAAGCAAAGACAUGCAGAGCAACAAAAGCAGGAGGCCCGUCGUUACGCCCCUCAGGCCCGACCUGCCCAGCCUUUGGGACCACAGAUGGAUUAUAAUGCAGCAGGAGAGCUGGCAAAAGCUGAAGAGAAAAAGGCAUAUCAAGAUUACAUGGGAAAUUGGCGCACUGAUCAAAUUAAUGCCCCUCAUAAACCAUAUAUGGAUUAUUGGGAGAAUCAGAGAUUCCUAAAAGAGGAACGUAGACGAGAAUAUAAUGAAUUGUUGGAGAAGAAAGCUAAAGAGGAACGUUACUGGGCAUUACGAGGGAGACCUGUGACUCCCCCUGGUGGGUUAAAUAUCGGUCAGUACGAUAGACAAGUAAAAGAACAAGCACCACAGAAAAAACAGGAAUAUAAACGAAUGUUGGAUGAGCAAAAAUAUACACAACUCAAAUUGAGAGCAAUGGAUCAUGCGGCUGAUUUAUCAUCAAAAUAUGUGAGAUAUCGAGAAGAGGAGCGCCCCCUAGUGGGAUCUCCGCGCGAUAUAAAUCCUUACAUGCAGGAGAAAGAAAGCAAGGACAAAUUUCGAAGAGAUUUAAAGAAUAUACCUGUACAAAAUCACUCCCCAUCCUCUCAAAAUGUAAAUGAAACCUCCAGGGAUGAUCCUAAUUAUAAAGCUUUCAUGGAGGUAGAAAAAGACAAAGCAAGAGAUAAAAGGAAAUAUGCUGAAGAGUUGUUGAAGCAACAAAAAGAGCACAUGUUUUUGAGAGCACGUCAAGAACCUGAGAUGGCAGUUAUAGAUAGAAAUGCUCAGUCCUCACAGUUUCUUGCCAACAAACCACCACCUGGUCCCAGCUAUGGUAGAGGCAGGGAUGAGUCAAGCAGACAAACCCCAGCAUUCUGGAAUGAAGGAAAGCAAGCACAAGGUCCAACCUCCCUCAGUUCUGUGGCAUCCAGAUCAAAUCAAUCUAGUGCUUAUGUUCCUAUGACUAACUCAUACUCACGACCUAUACCUGAGCGACCAUCACAUGGACAACCACCCUAUCCUGGAAGGACCAUCAUUCAAAAUGAUGAUCAGUAUAACCUAGCUAUACCAAAUAGAAAUUACAAACCAGUGUCUCCUGAAAAGCCAGUAGACCGUGAAUUGCUUAAGAUACCACCAAAAGAUACUGAAAGACCAAAUGAAAUGGGCACACCGAUGGCCUUUAAGACUGACUCACUUUCACAAACUUUACCUGAGCAAUCAAGAAAUGGGCAGCAGUUUUCUCAAGGUGAAGAGAUGGUAGGUAGGCCACAGUCCCCAGCUAAUCUACCUCCAAUGUCACCAGAAAAGCCGAUCAAUCCAGAAUGGCUUAAAAGACCUGUGAUGGAUGAUGAAUUACCACCUGGUGUAGGCACCCCCUUGGCGUUCAAAACCAACUCGUAUGCUAAUCAACCACCUCCAGUACCGGAGCAAGGGUACCAGCGUCAGCCUGACUAUGCUCCAGCAGAUGAUUACAUGCGUCAACCCCAGUCCCCACUGCAAAAACGAGAUUUUCAAGGGCCUCCUUUCUCCAGUGAUGCUCACAGAUCCUAUAGAAGACGUGAGGAUGGUCUUGAUGGAACAUACGGAAGACCUGACCAGUCAGAAAGACCAAGGUCAAGAAGGUCAUUGGAUGCUGAUAGGAAACAAUCUCCCAGUAAAAGGGAUAAUGCAGCAAAACAAAACAAGGUAUCUCCCAGAAGAAUGAAACAACAGCUCUAUACAGAUUCUGAAGAAGUUAGUUUAAAACGUAGAGAAGCUAGUAAAGAAAGACAAAAAGAAUAUAAUGAUUUUCUUAAGCUGAAGGAUGAAAAAAGAAAACAUGAAUCAGAAGUAUUCCAGCAACAACACGGUGGUAAGCCUGCUGAAAUUGUGAAAAAUCCAUUCUACAGCUCCGAUGACUACGAAAAAUUCCAGAAAGAACUGAAGAAAAAACAGGAAAAAGAGUACUCCGAGUUUUUAUCCAAGCAAUACCAGCCUAACAAGGAUGCACAGGGCCUACCUCUUGGACAGUAUAAAUAUGAACCAAUGCGUCUUCACCUUGAAGCAGAAAGAAAUAAAGAAUACAAUGAAUUAUUGGAGAAGCAAAACUCACCCAGAGUACCAAAACAGGUGGAUGGCCCACAAGGUCUUAAUAUUGAUGUUAGUUAUCAUCGAGAAAAACAAGAGUGGUUAGAAAAACAAAGAAAUAAAGAUUAUAAUGAAUAUUUAAAGAAGGAAGAAGAACAAAGAAGAUUUUCAAGAGAUGGUAACUCAGCACCAAAAACAACAUGUGGUUCAACAUUUCAACCACCUUCUAGCCCAUUUAGAAAUGUCCGUCAAACACCAAGUCCGGUUAGGGUAAGGCAACAGCACAGAUCUGACCAGAUGAGUCAUGUACUAUCUCGAGAGGACACGCCAAACCAAAGAAGAGAGCCAAAUAUUCAGGGAAGAUUAUCAAAUCAUGAGCAAUUGCCAAACCAUACCCAAACAAAAGGUUUCGAAGAACACAAUGGUCAUCCACCAUAUGGGAGUGACCAUGAAUAUCAUAAUCAAGAACCUAUGCAUCACCAGAUGGCAGCACCAUAUCCCAAGGCUUCAUCAGUUCCCCUCCGGUCUCCACCAGCUACACCAAGCAAACUGUCAUUACCUGUAGGCCAGUAUGAUGAGAUGCGACCUUUCCUUGUCAAACAAAGAAAUAAGGAAUACAACAGUGUGAAGGAAAAGUUGCCUCCCUUAAAGAAAACUGGCAUUACACCUCGAGCUACCAAAGUUAGUCUUCCAGUUGGGCAAUAUGACGAAGAAAGGCCAUUUUUUGAAAAACAAAGAAAUGCUGAAUAUAAUGAACUUCUUGAAAAAGGAAAAUUAGGAAAGCAUACAUUUCGUACAAAAGUUGCAACACCUCCAAGUUUACAAGGUUUACCUAUAGGACAACAACAUUAUGACCCUAUGUAUAGAGCAAUGGAGCAUCAGAGAAAUAGAGAAUACAAUGAUUUCUUACAGAAGAAAUACGGUGGGAACAAGACAUUUAGAAGUUCCAGGAGUCAACCAGAAAAACCAACACAACCAAAGUCUUCAUUUUACUAUGGAAACGAAUUGGAGCAUGAAGAGAAAAGAAAAAUGUUAGACGACGAGAGAAGAAAUGAUUACCAUCAGUUUAUGAAGGAGGUAAACAAUACUGAUGUGAAGCCUGGAAAUUACAACCCUCAAAUUCAAGAACCUCCCCGUUCAAAGUCUAUAGAUAUACCAACUGAUGCCGAUUCCGGUUUGCCAAUAGGGCAACAUCAUCAUGAAGCUUGGAGAAAAUUUCUGCGUGAGCAGAGAAAUUCGGAAUAUAACCAACUUAGAGAAACGAAACAAUCAGAGAAGCGUAAUAGAAACUGGAAUUUUGAUGAGACCGGAGUUCUUGAAUUAAAAGGAGAUGAUGAAGUACAGUUAAAAAAGCGUGAACUACGUGCAGAAAGAAGGGAAGAUUAUAAUCAAUAUAUAAGUCAGAUAAAAGCUCCAACUAGGCGUAAUUGGCCUGAGCCUGAAGGCCAAGAUGGUUUAUUAGUAAGAAACGGGGAAUAUGAUAAUGUACGACAAAUGUAUGAUGAGGAAAGAAAAAGAGAUUACAAUGAUACAAUGAGGAAGAGGCGAGAGAUGGGUCUUGACUUGACCCCACCUAGUGCACCUGCUGAACCUUUGCAAAGUAGAUAUGAAUAUUUCAAUCCUAUGAUCAACGUUCUUGGAAGAUAUGAAGAUUACAGAAAAAAGCUAAAAGACGACAGGAGGAAGGAUUUCCGUCAUCAUAUGGACCAGGUAAAAGCAGAAGAUACUCACAGAAGAACCUAUGUAAACACUGCUCCAACCAUUGCGAGAGAAGAAACCCCGAUAGUUAAUUCGCUUGGAUUGUAUGAAACAGAAACAAAGAAUAAAAUGAGGGCACAAAGAAAAAAGGAUAUGGAAGAACAAGUUCAUGAACAGGAGAAACAUUGGACACCACGUGUUACUGUGAAAGAGAAUUUGAUGCCUCAUGUAGCAGACUCUGAGACACCUCUUGUUAACUAUAUGGGACAAUAUGACAAAGAUAGAUUAAAGUUUAGGUUGGAAAGAAAUAAAGAAUUACGUGAUUUUUCAGAGAAGAAAAAGCAUGAGCUCCGAAAUCCUUAUGAUCAUUUCGUGUAUCCAACUGUUGCGGUGGCAGAGAAGCCAAUUGUUGAAUAUAUGGGAGGUGAAGUAGAACGACGAAAACAUGAUCUCCGCGAGGAACGCAAAAAAGAAUACGAACUGUUCAAGAAGCAGGUAGCCUCGAAUAACCAAAAGGUAGCACAUCCAGGCCGGCGUCAUGAGUUUGUUGAUUCUGCGAAUGGACCAUAUGGUGGUUUGUUUCAUGGACUAGGAGAACAUGGUAACAGAAGCGAUGAUCUUAACAGGGAAAGACAUAGGGAAUAUAAUGAAAAACUAGAACAGCAAUAUGCUGGAAGGGACCGACCAGGGGGGAGACCAAAAUGGGUACAAGAAUCUCUUCCUAAUAAUACUGACAGAGGACGUUCUCCAAUGAAAACACAGCCACCGACUGAUCAAUAUCAGCAAAUGUUAAAUGAGAAACGCAGAGAAGAGGCUAAUAUGAGGCGUUACGAGGAUCCCGAAUACCAGGAUCGUUUGGCCCAUGGACGAGACCGAGGAGAAGCUGGCCAGAGAUACGGAUACUAAUGUACAGAAUGUGACAAAAUGUUAACAAUCUCUUGGAAACAAUCGGAAAUGAAGAAUUUAUAGGGAUGUUUAUACUGUUAAAGAAAUAACACAUUUUGAACUCAAAGUGCUGCUUUAGCGUUAAUUAAUGUGCUUAAAUUAAGUGCUGACAAUAUCAACCUUUAUGUUAAACUGUUAUUUCAGGAAUUUAUUACAGACAAUUGUUUUUACAUUACAUAUCCAUGUACUUUUUUGCCGUCCAUAUUCCGUCCAUAUUCAUUUUGUAUGCCAAAGUUGUUUAUGCUGAAUAUUUUUUUGGCAUAAAAACCACGUUUGUAAUGUACUUUUUUAUAUGUUUUGUUUUGUUCAUUUUGUGUACAAGAGGCUUUUCAGAAUGAUGAUACCAUGGCAAUUAUAUACUUACGCAGCGUUUUAAGUCAUAUUUUUUUAAUUUUUUGGUUUUUCGAUUUUAGACUUUUUGCACAUUUUUUAUAUUUUCAUUGAUUUAUAAAAUUAGAAUUGCCUUUUUUAGUUAUAUACAUAUUUAUUUAAACUUCCGUCCAUCUAUUAUUGUUAGUUAUAUUUAUUUUAAAUAGAUCUAUUUAAGUUACUUAUUACAGAAGUUGUGUUUUACACAUUCUAUAAGUGUGAUAUGGGCUAUGCCUUAUUUCUAUUUCUUAAAAUGUUUUAAGAAUGAUCCGUUACUGUGUACUGAAGUGGUAUAUGCUUAAUAAAUGUUUAAGUUAUGUAUUCAUUUUAUGUUCAACUUCAAUUGAUGAUUUUGUUAAGAGAGGGAAAGAGAGAUAAUUGUUUAUAUGUGUUACCUGACUUUUGUCUCAAGUUGUGUGCCAUUCGUUUUUGUAUUUAAGAAAAUCAGUAAUAACAAUCACAAUCAGCGGAUUUUAUUGUUACAUUUACCAAACAUACAUAUUCAACAUUCCAUUUUAUUCAGGUAUAUACGGUAAUGUCUGUGAUAAAAAUAUCAAGUUGAUAUUCAUUUAUAUUAGGUGUAAAUGUCUUUGUUGUUUUUUUUAUUUUAAAUCUUAAGAUUUUUUUUCUGAAUUUUUUUCUAAACUUAUUCAUUAAACUUAAUAGAUCUGGAUAAUGUAUUUCUAUUUCACAUUGAAAGCAACUGUAAAUACAGACUAAAGACUUAGUUUGAUGUUUUUCGAUGAUAUUCAUAAAUCGUAAUUGAUUUCUUAGUGACUUUCUUUAGUUGCUGUUUUUUAAGGUCAGCAGACCAGUGAUAAGUACACUCAUAGUUUAUUGUUAUAUAAAAAGUAUUACUAUAAUUCUGAUAUGUAGAUAGUAUGUUUCAUUUUCUAAUAUUUGGUAUUGUUUGGACAUAACAUGCAAGUGAAUAUCAUUAAAAUAAAAUCCAAUAAGUUCA